CCGCCACCCCGCCAGCCCCCCGCGCCUUCCCCCGGUGCCUUUCCCCGCGCCGGAACCGCCGGAACCGCCGGAACGACCGCGGGCGGGCCUGCAGGAGCCUGUGGCAGCGCGGGGCCCGCCAUGGCAGCACGGCGCGGGCCGCACGGCGCGGCGGGGACGGGAGGACCCAGGGCUCCAGGCCCUUCUGUCUGAGCGCGGCUGCCAGAGCCAUUUGGGGCACGUGGGGAGGCGACGAGGGGAAGCAGAAGCUCACUUUGAAGGACGCGGCCGAGCUGCUCCGGAAGAAGGAAUGUCGGCGCGUGGUGGUGAUGGCCGGCGCCGGGAUCAGCACGCCCAGCGGCAUCCCGGACUUCAGGUCCCCCGGGAGCGGCCUGUACAGCAACCUGGAGCAGUACAACAUCCCCUACCCCGAGGCCAUCUUUGAGCUGGGCUAUUUCUUCGUCAACCCCAAGCCCUUCUUCACCCUGGCCAAGGAGCUCUAUCCUGGCAACUACCGCCCCAAUUCCGCCCACUAUUUCCUCCGGCUGCUGCACGACAAGGGGCUGCUCCUGCGCCUCUACACACAGAACAUCGACGGGUUGGAGAGAGCGGCUGGGAUCCCUCCCGACAGGCUGGUGGAAGCCCACGGCACCUUUGCCACUGCCACCUGUACGGUGUGUCAGAGGAACUUCCCCGGAGAGGACUUCAGGGGAGAUGUCAUGGGGGACAGGAUCCCUCGCUGCCCUGUCUGCACUGGAAUCGUCAAGCCUGACAUCGUGUUCUUCGGCGAGAAGCUCCCGCAGCGCUUCCUCCUGCACCUCACAGACUUCCCCAUGGCAGACCUGCUCUUCGUCAUCGGGACAUCCCUGGAGGUGGAGCCCUUUGCCAGCCUGGCCGGAGCCGUGCGCAGCUCCGUGCCCCGGGUCCUCAUCAACCGAGAGCUCGUGGGCCCCUUUGCGUGGCAGCAGCGCCACAACGACGUGGCCCAGCUCGGGGACGUGGUGGGCGGCGUCGAGAAGCUGGUGGAGCUGCUGGGCUGGAGCGACGAGAUGCAAACGCUGACCCAGAAGGAGAAGGAGAAGCUGGGUGCCAGGGCAGAGCGCUGUGUGUGGUAGAUGGGAAGACGUGGAUCUGCCAGUCCCGGAUGAGCUAGGAGCAUGGAAAAGGGCAGGAUUUGGGCUGGAAGCAGUGACCCCUUCAGGGACUGAAAAGCUUCCCGCUACAUCACCUGCUGUGUGAUUUGUUCCCAGACUAGCCCCGUAGCUGCAGCUGGAGGUGCCGAUUCCAGGGGCUGGGAGUAACCAGCCAGGAAAUGCCCCCGGCCAGCAGUGCCGCAACACAAAACCGGGAUGUGAGGGGCUGGAAGCCCUCGCUCCAUGCAGCCCCUUCAUGGCUGUGCUGCCACUUCCAGAGGUUCCUCUGGAGCAAUACGCAGUAGGAGAGAGGGAAGGGAGGCUCCAGGUGUGCUGAGACCCAGCCUGUGCUGCCACGGCCGGACAGGGAGUGGGGUUCCUGCUCCUGCUCCACUUGGCAGUGAUGAAAGUCUUUAAACAGACUUUUUUCCCCCACCAUUCUCACACCUGUCACCUUCUGGGAUCUUCAGGAGUGAGAAAUUGCAGGGGAACAAGCUCUUAAUUACUCAGAGCUCAGUGCAGAUGUUAAUUACUACAUUCCUGUAGACCACUGGGAGGUUUUUUCCACAUUUGACAUCAAACAGAGCUGUUAUUUUUUAGGCAUACAUUGUCCAAACGUGACUCCACAAAAUCUGGCUUCAGCAUUCCAAUUGCAACAUCCAGGUUGUUCUUACUUCCCUCAGAUAACGCAGCAGGAAUGAGUAGGAAUUCUUAGCCUGUUGGCCAGGUUUUUGAUUCUUCGGUACCAACAUUUUGGGGACCAGCCAGCCCUUGGCAUGAUGCUUGUGCUGCUCUGAAUCCCUGAGGGAUAAUGCUGCUGCAACAGUGACAGAGGAAAACCAGUUGCGUGGAGCAGCCUGGACUAGUGGAAAAGUGUCCCUGUCCGUGGCCAGGGGUGGGACUGGAUGAGCUUUAAGGUCCCUUCCAAGCCAAACCACUCUGGGAUUCUGGGAUUCUGUGACUGUGGGGAUGGUGCUGGGGCUGGAACGUUUGAUGCUCCCUGGCCAGCGCUGUGGUCUCUGU